GAGGCGGCCGCUGCCCGGCGCUGGGUGAGGCCUGUGCGGGGCCCGGGCGGCGACGGAGCCGCGGUGGAGCUGGCCGCCUGCGUCGCUUUCAUCAUGGGAGACAUGAAAACACCAGACUUUGAUGACCUGCUGGCUGCUUUUGACAUUCCUGACCCCACCAGCCUUGAUGCCAAGGAAGCUAUUCAGACAGCCGGCGAGGAGAACGAGAACCAUCUGAAGCAGUCUGGAAUUUGUAUUGAUGAAAACGCGUCCUUGUCUCACGCGGCACCAGCUUCUGACGUUCCGGUUGUGAGCGUCAUCGUUAAGAACACAUGUCGUCAGGAAUCCUUUGAAGCAGAAAAAGAAGGUAACCAUCUAGGACCUGGCCUGCUACACAAUGGAUUCCGUGGGUCUGAUCUGCCCCUGGAGACUCACACUUACAGUAAGUUUGAUUCUGCUUUCAUCAACGGGGAUGGCUUGAGAAGCUAUCCUGAAAAGCUGGAACAGUCCAAGUCAGAACCCUUGCCAACGUUCAGUCAGUUCAGCCCCAUCUCCAGCCCCGAGCCGGAAGAUGCGCUCAAAGAGAACAGUAUUGUCGAUAAACCGAAACUCGCCCAGACUCCCUACCUCCAACCCCAUCCAAUGUAUAUUCCUUCCGGGUCGUCCAUGUUAGAUUUGCUAAGUAGGACCCUACCAGAGACAGAGUUCAGUCGGUUUAUUUCAACUGGGCCCUCACUGCUAGAUCUGCUUAGUAAGAAACUGCCAGAACCAGAACUGAGUAUGUUCGAUCAAUACUGUAAAAGAGAUCCAAAGAUAGAAAUGCACGGGCUGCAAGAAUGUAGGAUGGACACCAACCAAAGGGAACGUGACAAGAGCCCAGAGAAACACGAUGCGCCUGGCAAAGACCUGGCAGACACAAACAGCUUCGUUGGUGAAGGGCCGCCCCUUGGCAACUUCCAUAGCAAUAGCCUGGGAGAGAGCAAAGGGCCCGAGAUGAACUUCUCUUCUGCCGUCCCUCCUCGGCAGCGUAUAAAACCUGCUCACUCCAAACUGUCGUCAUGCGUCGCUGCGCUUGUAGCCCUUCAGGCCAAAAAAGUUGCAGGUAUUGCAAAAGAUGACCAGGCGAAUCUGGCAAAAGAGCCUCCCAGCCCAUUCAAGGACGGCAUUAAAGGAAGCCCCAAAAUGCCGAAGUCACCAAAGAGUCCGAAAAGCCCCCUUGAAAUGGUGAGGAAAGCCAACAAGCAGCCCGAGUCCCCUCGGAGCGUGUGCAGCGACAGCAGCGGCAAAGGUUCUCCUUCUGUGGCAACUGGCUCUCCCCCUGCUAUUCCCAAAGUCAGGAUCAAGACUAUUAAGACCUCUUCUGGGGAAAUUAAGAGGACAGUCACUAGGAUCUUGCCAGAGGUAGAUGAAUUGGGCAAAUAUACUCUAGAAUCGCCUGUGGAGAGCUCGGCAGUGGAAGAGUUUGUUAAAUCCUUCCCUUCUCCAGAAGGCGGUGCGUCCGUGGAAACGGAGCCAUGCAAAGGUUUUGCAAAAGCCACUGCUCAAGAGGCAGCCCUAGCAAGCCCCCUAGUAGACAGUAUAACUGCAGACGUUCCUGUCAACAGCACCUCCAGUGUCUCUCUGCUGGCAAACAGCAGCACAAUAAAAGUAGGUAUUGUAGGUCAGCAGCCAAGCAAAAAGCAGUCACAGGGCCUGGCAGCACAGCCCUCUAACCCCGCCAGCCUUCUCCCAAAGGCCGUGCACCUCGCCAAUCUCAACUUGGUCCCCCACAGUGUUGCCGCAUCCGUGGCAGCAAAAUCGUCUGUGCAACGGCGCAGCCAGUCUCAGCUGACGCAGAUGACGGUGCCACUCGUGCACCAGGUCAAGAAAGCUGCCCCGCUUGUCGUCGAGGCAUUUAACAAAGUAUUGCAUGGUGCCAAUCCUGUGCCCGUAUAUGCGCCGAACCUCAGCCCUCCUCUCGACAGCAGUAUUCAUUUGCCGGUCUCCGGGUAUUGUUGCCUGGAAUGCGGAGAUUCGUUUGCCUUAGAAAAAAGCCUCACUCAACAUUACAGCCGGAGAAGCGUCCACAUCGAAGUCAUGUGCACACAGUGUUCGGCGACGCUGCUUUUCUUCAACAAGUGUAGCUUGCUUAAACACGCGAGGGAUCACAAGAGCAAAGGCUUCAUCAUGCAGUGCUCGCAGCUGUACAUGAAACCCAUUUCCUUAGACCAAAUGUUUUUGCCUUCCCCAACAAGCUCGUCAACGUCUUCGACGCCGCAGACGUCACGGCCAGCCCCCCUUUCGCAUAAGUCCUGCGCCGCCUCAGGAAGUGGGAUGGGAAGCUCACCAAACCCCCAGCCAGCUCUGCCUCUGUACGCAGACCCAUUGAGACUGAUUCGUCAUGGAUUAAAGUGUUUUGAAUGUAAUAAGCAGGCGCUGGACUAUAUUGCCCUAGCCGCACAUUAUCAGAGGACCUCGGAAGAUAACGAGGGACUGACCUGUCAGGUGUGCCUGAUGCUUUUACCCAACAAGUGCAGCUACAGCGCUCAUCAAAGAAUCCACACUCACAAAUCCCCUUACUGCUGCCCAGAGUGUGGCGCCAUUUGCCGGUCAGCUUAUUUCCAAACCCACGUCAAGGAGAAUUGCCUACAUUACUCGCGCAAAGUUGGCUACAGGUGCACUCACUGUGGGGUUGUCUUCAUGUCGCAAGCGAUGCUGAAGGUGCACAUUCACGAGAAACACUGCGAAGUCUUCCACAAGUGUUCAUUCUGCCCCAUGGCCUUCAAGUCUGCCGACAGCACCACCGCCCACAUCACAAGUCAGCACCCUGCAGAGCCUCACAAGACAUCUCAGGUGAUCUACAAAUGUUCAUGUGAGACUGUCUUUAACAAGAAGAGGCUUCUGCAGGAGCACUUCCAGCAAAAUGCCAACCGGCUGAUGGUGGGAGUCUUCAAGUGUCCGCAGUGUCAGCUGGUAUAUAUGCAGAAACCGCAGUUAAUGCAGCAUGUCAAGAACGUCCAUGGGGUUCCUGAAAAUCCUGAGGAUCUUAACAGCUUCCGCCAGAAAUCGGAGGCAGCAGUGAGCAGUAACGCCCUCUCGACAUCAAAGGAGCUGUCAGUCAUCAACGGUACUUCCCAGACACCUUUGCCCACAAAAGACAUGAGCCCAGAAUCAAAGCCCAAGCCAAAAUCCUGCAGUUGGACCUGUCGGGAGUGUUCACAGUGGAUCCCCGACCGAGAAACCUACGUGUCUCAUAUGAAGAAAAACCACGGAAAAAACGUGAAGAGAUAUCCCUGUCGGCAGUGUGAGCAGUCAUUCCAUGCCUCCAAUAGUCUGCGCAGGCACGUUCGCAAUAAUCAUGACACAGCAAAGAAAGCUUACACCUGCUGGUACUGCACAGAGGAAGUUCAGGCAUUUCCUCAGCUGUCUGCGCUGGAGAACCACAUCAGCCUGAUGCAUGGCAUCAAGAACCCAGACCUUUCCCAGAUAUCCAAAGCCAAAGCUCCAACAGAAGUCUUGACAAAAACAAAAUCUCCAAAGAGGGUGUCAGCAGAUAGCUUGGAGCAGACAGAAAAGGCCGCGUCGGGAUCUGAAGAUCCACCAGCAAAAAAACUGAAAGCACACUGGAAAUGUGCAAAAUGUGAGUUUUCGACAGCCUCUGAGACUGAGUUUCAGGGACACAUACCUCAGCACAAGACGGACAGCUCCACUUUUCAGUGCCUACUCUGUGGCUUGUGUUACACGUCCCACAUCUCUCUGAAUAGGCACCUCUUCAUUGUUCAUAAAGUCAAAGAUCAAGAGGAGGAGGAGGAAGAGGAGGAAGAUGAACAGGAGGAACAAGAAGAACCAGCAGAUGGAAAAGAGGGACUGGACACGGAGACAAAGGGGAAUGGACACGCGGAGGCUAACGGGGAGAUGAAUGUCGGGGAUGCGGAAGGAGGCGGUUCAAAGGAGAAAGACUUGGAGUGUGAUUCAUUGUCACGGGACACUGAGAAACUCAGCUCUCAGAACAAACAUUCAAAGUCUCCAAAUGUUUAAGAAUAGAUUUUUGUGUCCCUUUGAGGUUUUCAUUGAUGGGUGGGGGGGGGAUUCUAAAUAUGCUAUUGGUUUUGUGGAAUGGGCUCUGCAUUCCACUCACUUUUAAUUCGUAAGGGAAUUCAAAAGUUGUCGCCACCAUCUCCGUAGCACUGAAUAUGUGACAGAUGGGAGAGGAGGGGGAAGAGGGGAGUGGGUGGUCAAGAUCCCCAGCUGAACCAUGUCUGAACCUUCAGGGAAAGGAGCACUUUUCUUCUGUCCCCCCCCCCCAAGUCAGAACAAAAGGAGCUCUUUUUGUUUGAUCAUGUGGCACUCAAGGCCUCAGCCAACAGCUUAGCUUUGCUCUCCACACCCCCCCCUCCCUGUUUCAUAAAGUCUUCUGGUAUUUUCCCCGCAGUUCCUCAUCCAGGUCUACGAAACACUCGUGCUAGGACUACACAAGUAUUUGUUAAGUCCCCCACUCCUCUUGACCCAUCAAUCCACUGAGGGCUUCCCUGCCCUUAAAUCAUGUUCAGCUCACCUUUCAGCCACUCAAUGGAAGCAGUGCAAUGGUGUUUAAAAAAAAAUUGGCCAUCUCUGGAGGAGAUUCUUUGAAAUCAGCAAGUGAGUUUUCUUUUCUGUGCAAGCAGGAUUUUGUGUUAUUGACUGUACCCUAGUCAGCCUCAGCAUCCAGAGAUGCGGCCCUAUUGUAGCAAAAGCACCUGACAGCAGAAUGUGACCGCCACAAGGAGCUGUCCUGCUUUCAGAACAGGACUAAGCGCAACAUAAAGAUUUCUGCAAAGGAAAACACAGUUCCUCUAUGUGCUUAGUUGGCCCAGAAAUGUAGCACGGAAGUGUCAUUUAUAUAUGAAUGGCACGGGGACCCACAAGGACUUGCAUGGGUGGGGGAAAUACAGUCCCCCUCCCACUGGCCUCUGCUUUCUCCCCUCUUAUUCUCCCUAAGUGUCUAGUUUUCUCACUGCCCAAAUUCUCCCAAUUGCUGCUUUACAUGCACACACAGUUUCAGCCAGUCCCCAUCUCCUACUUCCACUUGUUUUAAAUUUUCAACUUUAAAAAAAAACGCAACAUCUGCACAGACUUUGGGGGCUGGUAUUUUUAACUCCCUGCAUAUAUAUAUAUAUAAAUUUUCCUCCUAUUUAUAUAUUUCUCCGCACCUGAAGAUUACCCCAGGUUUGCAGAAACAAUUGCCAUGGCCCCAAUUGUUCCACCCUUGCAGAUUUGAGCCACGCAGGAGGACCACCCAGUUCCAUUAACACGCAAUAGGAGUCUUGUGGCACCGUAUAGACUGCUUUUUACUCCAGUAUAAGUUGUCAUGGGCAGCUAGAGCCCACUACAUCCCUUGCAUCUGACCGAAACACAGUCAGUACCGCAAACGCUUGCUCCAGCUCGGGGCAGGGUUGUACAUCAUCAGUUUUUACUCAAUUGGUGGGAUGACCCUGGAGGUUUUCUGUUCCCGUACAGUUGCAUCAACUUGUUUUUCCUGUCCGUGCUAUCUUGUGUGUUUUCCCUCAUGCUCUAUGUAAUACUACUACGUUCUCUUUUUUAUAUAUAUAUACAUAUAUAUAUACAGUUUUUUUAUGUUGAGUCAGACUCCUGCUCAUGUUUACUAUAAAUAAUUUAAGAAGAAAGAACUAUUUAUCUUAUUACAUUUGAAUUGCUCACUUUCUCGUCAGAACGUGUUUUGAUAAAAACCCUUUGUAUUUUUUGAUACUGUGUACAUUAGUCUAGGGAAUGUUUUACAAAGUAGCCUAGCUAAAGUAACAAUAGCAGGGGAGGGGGGGAAUCACUCCCAAGCCAUCACAUAUCUAUUUAAUCUGCAGUGGCAUUCGUGCCUUGCUAUAAUGUUUACUUCAAAGUAUUUCAAAUAAA